AUGUCGUCCCAAGCCAGAUCUUCAGCCGCCUUGAAGGACGAGAACCCACUCCGUAAAAGAAAGAAGAAAAUGCCGUCUCCGCCGUCUCCGUCUCCGGUAGAAGAACAGACCUCUAUCAUGUCACUUCCAAAUGACUUGUUGUUCAACUGCUUUGCACGCGUCUCUAGAUUGUACUAUCCAACACUCUCCCUCGUUUGCAAAACUUUCCGAUCCAUUUUUGCUUCAUCGGAGCUUUACGAGACCCGAUCACGCUUAAACCGUACCGAGAAGUGCUAUCUUUGCAUAAACUUCCCUUCCGACCCUAUCACACAUUGGUUCACUCUCUGCCGGGAAACUAAUAAAAACGUAGCCGACAAGUCAAGUGGCUAUGAUCUUGUCCAAGUUCCGUCUCCCAAUAUUAGUUUGCUUCCUGCUGCAUCGUCGAGUGUCAUAGCCGUUGGUUCUAACAUCUACAAAAUCAGCGGCGCUAAAUCUUAUAGAGACAAAUUCUGGAAAUCGACACGCUAUUCUUCUUCUGUCGCUGUCCUUGAUUGUAGGAGUCACAGGUGGCGUCAGGCUGCAGGAAUGCGAGUGGCCCGGAGCUCUUCGUCCACCGUAUGCUUAGUUGAUGGGAAGAUAUAUGUAGCAGGAGGCUGUAAAGACGGCAUCUGGUCGGACUGGGUGGAAGUGUUUGAUCCAAAGACUCAAACUUGGGGCACUAUCAAGAACCCAAGCAUCGAGUAUCGAUACUUUGAAGAUCAUGAUCUUGGACCUGAACGUGUAGUCAAAAGCUUAGGCCUUGAUGGAAAAUUAUACAUGUUUGGGCAUUCAUCAGUGGUUUACAAUUUUGAAGAAGAUAGAUGGUACAGUAUAGGAGUGGAUACGGAUCUGUAUCGUGCAAUAGACAAUAGGUCUUGCUUUGACACUAGCUCUUGCGUGGUAGACAAGGUCUUGUUUAUUUGGGAGAAGGGGUUGUUCAAAUGGUUUGACUUUAAGGUUAAAUUAUGGAAGGAGUUGAACAGUGUUGAUGAAGGGACGUUGCCUGAUUUACGCGACCGCGAGUAUUGUAAAAUGGUGGAUCUUGGUGGGAAGAUAGCGGUUUUGUGGGAAGAGUGUGUGACCGGUAAGAACUUUAAUAGGAUUUGGUGUGCUGAGAUUAGUCUCGAAAGACUCGAUGGAGAUGAGAUUUGGGGGAAGGUUGAAUGGUUUGAUCAUGUGCUUAGUGUCCACUCGUCUGGUUCCUUGCUCUAUGCCGAUGUUGUUUCCGUUGUUGUUUGA